AUGUCGCACAAAACUUAUGAUGCAGAAUGGAAAAAAAUCCAACAGUUGGUGGCAGAAACACUACAAAGUGAAGCUGUACAAGUAGAUCGAAGAGAGCAACGUCAGUUAUUAGCAACUUUAUAUAUUCGUUAUAUUAUGAUAGCCAACCAGCUCUCAGAAUGUGUAGACCAGAUGGUGCAACCGCAGAAAAGACUUCUAAUGCGAAAAAUAUUAGAAGGAACACUUGGAAGAAUUUUGGAGCUAAAAUAUGAUUUGGUAGAGGCUGACCUAAGCGAAUGGACUCACUGUGGUGACGUUCUGGACAAUCUUAAAAUUACACCUCAACAUAAUGAAUUGAAAGUACCUUCCUGUUACCGAAAUGAUCGCAAAAAAGAAUUGCAGUAUCAACACAAAUUGAUCGAUAGUGUUCUGGGAAAGCUUGGGUUCUUAGAUAGACCAGAAACUAAACCGCCAAUGACUGAACAACAAGCAAUUUUGAUUGUUCAAGUCCAUGAGAGAGCCAGACAAGGACGACUGAGAGCACAGUUUAUGCGGGAAAUUAGAAAUAUGAAAGAAAAAGCUAAGCCGAUAUUGACUGAAGGGGGAGCUGAUGAAGAUGACCAAAGAGGAGGCAUUAGUUUACCAGCAGCUCUUCGUAUUCAGAAGAUCUGGCGAGGAUAUGUUGCUCGCAGAGCAACCCGUAGAAGAAAAUUACAAGAAAUGUUGCUUAUCGGUAUGAUACCUCAGCCUAAGACUCAAAAUAAUGAUAUUAUCAAGGAUUUAGAAACCAAAGAAUACAGACGACGUUUGCAAGAAGAAAGACAACGUUUAUAUGAAGAUGAUGUAGAAAAGUGCCGAGAAAAUCUCGAGAAGCAUCAAAGGGGUGUAGUUUUGGAACAGUUAAGUGAUCAAGUGAGAGGAUGGUUACAUGAGUAUAAAACACAGACUGGCAAAAUUCCGGAAUAUACAGGAUCCGAGAGAGCAGCAUCUCGUUUAUUGUUCAGUCGACAAGGAACGGAUAGUGAAAUGAGCAAAUCCACACCUACGCAAAUAUCCUCCAAAGAUUCAAAAACAAAAAAGGACAAAGCUGUCAAACAAAAAGAGGCAAAAAACGAACGUGAGGAAAAUGAAGAAGUUACUACUAAAGCGAUGAUUUCAUCCUUUUUGCCUGAAUUAAACGCUCGUAAAGAAGAAUACGAUGAAAUAUGGAAAAAUAAAAACGAAGCAGAUAAUACAAGGCAGUUUCAUUACAUGGACAUUAUCGAGCAUGAACAAAUGACGGACAUGGAGAAUGGUCUAAGGAAAAUAGUAGAUGAAAUGAUGAAAGGGGAAUUACUAUUACUGCAGGAAGCUAUGGACAAAGAUCGAGGACAUAAGGGCAAAAAGAAAACUAGUAAAAAAGCUAGGAAAGGGGGUAAAAAGGGGAAAAAGAAAAAAGAGAAAGACUUAACACCUGACAGAACAACAGAAUCCCUUUUUGAAGAACUAGUGGCUAAUGGAAUCAUUAAGAGGUGUCCAGAAGUUUAUCUGCAAGAUUUUAAAGGAGAACGUUCUUACUAUCAUCCUGUGGUACAUAAUAAAGGAAAUGAACAACCAGUUGCUUUGGGAGAUAUUAGACAAGUCAUAGCAGAGUACUGUGUUAUACCAUUAUUGUCUCCACAAUUACAUCAGUCUACACCGCAUAUAAAAUCACUAAUGAUUGUGGGCCCAAAAGGCAGUGGAAAAGAUAUGUUGGUCCAUGCAAUAUGCUGUGAAGCAGGGGCUGUACUUUUUGAUUUAACACCGUCCAACAUUGUGGGAAAAUAUCCAGGAAAAUCUGGUCUAACUAUGUUAAUUCAUUUAGUUGUAAAAGUUUCAAGACUUUUGCAACCUUCUGUAAUAUAUAUGGAUUCCGCCGAAAGACCAUUUGUAAAAAAAAUUCCAAAAACAGACAAAACGGAUCCAAAAAGAUUAAAAAAGGAUUUGCCAAAAAUUGUAAAAAAUUUUAGUCCUGAGGAUCGAGUAAUAUUAGUAGGUGUUUCUAGCUGUCCUUGGGAAAGUGACCAAAAGCUACUGCAGCAAGUUUAUCAAAAAUUUAUACUUAUACCGAAACCAGAUUAUAGCUCAAGAUACUGUGUUUGGAGUUAUCUACUGGGUAAAUAUAGUGCUAUAAGCUGGCAGUUUGAUACUAGUGUAGUCACUAAGAUUUCGGAUGGUUUUACUAUAGGUUCUAUUGUCAACACUUUUGAAGAGGUGAUGACAAUUAAACGAAUGUUGCAGCUUAGAGUGCAUCCUCUAAGUCCAUUAGAACUUGUGAAUGUAUUAUGCACGAAAACCCCAAUUUACAGAGAAGAAGAGGAAACAAUAGAAACAUGGUGGUUGAAAACACCCUUGUGCCGAAGACGUGCUAGAGCUGUGGAACUGUUAUUAGAAGAAGAAGCAGAAUAUCAAGCCAAACAAGCAAGUGGUGCAAGCAGUUAA